AUGUGUAGAUAUCUUGAGUUCCAUUACAAGAAUUGUGUGAUCAUUUUUCUGUUGCAUUUUAUCAUAAAGGAUUUGCCAGAUAUGGUUGCUGUCAAGGAUGCAGAUUUUUCUAAUGUGGAUGCUGUAUUCUGUUGUUUGCCUCAUGGAACUACUCAGGAAAUUAUCAAAGGUCUUCCAAGCAACUUAAAGAUUGUCGAUCUUUCUGCGGACUUCCGGUUGCGAGAUGUUGGUGAAUACGAGGAAUGGUAUGGUCAGCCCCACAAAGCACAAGACUUGCAGAAAGAAGCAGUGUAUGGUCUGACUGAGAUAUCUAGAAGAGAGAUCCAAAAUGCUCGUCUAGUGGCAAAUCCUGGCUGUUAUCCGACUUCUAUUCAGCUUCCUCUUAUUCCCUUGAUAAAGGCUAAACUCAUUGAAGUGAGGAAUAUCAUCAUUGACUCAAAAUCUGGUGUUAGCGGAGCAGGACGUGGAGCAAAGGAGGCAAAUUUGUACACUGAAAUAGCAGAAGGCAUUCAUUCUUAUGGUAUUACCAGGCAUCGUCAUGUACCGGAAAUUGAACAAGGAUUGUCAGAUGCAGCAAAUUCAGAAGUUACUGUUAGCUUCACUCCGCACUUAAUGCCGAUGAGUCGUGGUAUGCAAUCCACUAUAUAUGUGGAAAUGGCCCCAGGAGUGUCAAUUCAGGAUUUAUACCAGCAUUUGAGCUCAUUUUAUGAGAAUGAAGAAUUUGUGACUUUGCUGAAGAAAAAUGAAGUUCCUCAUACUCGACAUGUUCGAGGAUCUAAUUAUUGCUUUAUGAAUGUAUUUCCAGAUCGAAUCCCUGGAAGAGCUAUAAUAAUUUCUGUUAUUGAUAAUCUUGUGAAGGGAGCUUCUGAAUACAGGGCUCCUUUACAUGCCUUUGUUUCCUUAAUAUUAUGUAAGGUAAUCACGAGCAAUUUUACGAGUCGAGAAGCGAUUCAUUUUUCUGCUAGGAAAAAAUACAUGGCUCACAAACUCAAUGCUCCUGUUUUCUGUGGGCUCAAGAUAAUUAAGAAUUUGCCGUCUUACAGUAGGCUGAGUAGUUGUACGUUGAGUCUCGAACGAAAUGGAAUUUGCCGAGCUAGUCCGAAAGUUCAGUGCGUUAUGAACAUGGUCAGUGGAGAGUCAGAUGAACCUGGGAAAUUACGUCUUGAAUACGUACUGGACAAGUCGAUAAAAUUGUGGGAUAAUGCUCCUGAGUCAAUCAAGAGCUUCCCCUGGAACAAGGCAUCAGAAAAUUUCAUUCAACUCAUUCUCGACCUUGUGUUGGCUGUAGUUAAGUUCUUAUCCAUACCUGUAUUCACAAUUACAUCCAUUAGUGAGAUGUCUUAUUGUGCACAUGAAAGGAAACUAUACCUCAUUCCGCUUCCAUUUCUGGUUGGUAUUGCUGUAGCUGGGGUCUUAAGAGAGGCAGCUGUGGCGUCAUCUCCAUCUCUCAAGAAUGCAGAAGUCCCCUGGCAUUUGAUUGCCAUUGCAAUAUUCUUCACGUUGCUUAAAUUGCCCGGCCCUAAUAAAUAUUUGAACAGGCCGGGAGAGGAAGUUGGAUCACGCUAUUUCGAGAUGCAUAUAUGA